CGCGCCCUCUCGCUGCCGGGAGAAGCCACGGGAGCUGCGGGCGCCGCGGCCGCCGCCGGGGCAUGAGGAUGGCCGUGGGCUCCGUCAAGAUGCAGCCGCCGCCGUGCGAGAGCCCGGCGCUGGCCCGGGCGGUGGCGGCGGCGGCGGCGGACAGCGCCCUGCGCCGCAGCCCCAGCGCCCGCGAGCCCGAGCCCGAGCCCGAGCAGCCGCCCGCCCCGCCGCGGCCGCGGCUGCGGGACCUGCCGGCGCUGCUGCGGAGCGGGCUCACGCUGCGGAGGAAGCGGAGCGUCGGCGGCGGCGGCCGGACUCUCCAGAGAAGGAUUUCCAAUCCAUACCUCGAGCACACUUCUUCCCAGAUUUAUGGGGAGAAUUCUUCUUGUGCAGGAAGAGCACUGAGGAAUAUCAUUAUCGUCCAGGCAGCUGAUCUGAUCAAGGACAGAGUGAACCUCAAGGGAUUUUACAGGCGAAGCUGUGUUGGAUCAGAACUGGUCGACUGGCUUCUGGAACACUGUCCUUUCAUCCAGUGCAGAUCCACGGCCAUAGGGGUCUGGCAGCUCCUACUGGACAUGGGGAUUCUGUCAUCAGUGGAUCAGCAUUUAUACUUUCAGGACACCUACGUUUUCUAUCAGUUUUCAUCUGAUGAAUGUAGCUAUCUAUACUGUGAGUUCGAACGAGAAGAAGAAUGGCAAAAUGGUGUCAAAAUGUUACUGCAGCUUGUGCCUGUCAUUCGCACCAGAGCUGGCCUCUGUGAACUGUCUCAUCGGAAAAUCGAAGACUCGGAAGAAAGCAGUGAUGAAAUUCUUGCGCGUCUAACGUCUGCUGUGCAGAGAGAGCUAGCAGCUGUCAUUGCUUUGAAAGCAAAGAAGUCUGCAAUUGAACAAGACGAGGAGAGCAGUGACAAGCACAUACCCACGGCAGAAGCUGACAGUGAUCCAGAUCCUCAGGCAGGGGUGAUGUGCAAGCUUCAGGGAAGAGAGGACAUCGGGCGCAUUGAGCUGGUCCAGAAGCUGGCGCGGGAGAACUGUCAGUUUUUGCAGACGGACAGAAAAGAACAGGACAAAUCUGAACAGCAGGAUGGUGAGGUGACCACAGUCAGGGAGCAGGAGCAGAGCGUCCUGGUGCUGAGGAAGGUGCAGCGCAGAGGCCCGGCCCCCCCAGGAGGGAGCGCUGACAGCGAUUGGAGAUACGUGGUCGUGUCCGGGACCCCCGAGAAGAUCUUGGAGCAUCUUUUGAAUGACUUGCACCUGGAAGAAGUCCAGGACAAAGAAACAGAGACCCUCCUGGAUGACUUCCUCCUCACCUACACCGUCUUCAUGACCACGGACGACUUGUGCCAGGCGCUGCUGAGACACUAUUCUGCCAAGAAGUAUCAAGGCAAAGAAGAAAACUCAGAUGUUCCUCGUCGGAAACGCAAAGUCUUGCAUCUUGUCUCCCAGUGGAUUUCUCUGUACAAAGACUGGCUACACGAAGACGAGCACUCCAAAAUGUUCUUAAAGACCAUAUACAGGAACGUUCUGGAUGAUGUCUAUGAAUACCCAAUACUUGAAAAAGAAUUGAAGGAAUUUCAAAAGAUACUUGGAAUGCACCGUCGUCACACCGUUGAUGAGUACUCUCCACAGAGGAAGAAUAAGGCCCUUUUCCACCAAUUCAGUCUUAAGGAGAACUGGCUCCAGCACCGAGGCGCUGUGACUGAAACAGAGGAAAUUUUUUGCCAUGUGUACAUCACGGAGCACUCGUACGUCAGCGUGAAGGCGAAAGUUUCCAGUACGGCUCAGGAGGUCCUAAGAGUCGUGGCGGAGAAGAUCCAGCACGCGGAAGAGGACCUGGCCCUGGUGGCCGUCUCCUUCUCUGGGGGAAAGCGUGAACUUCAUCCCAAUGAUCUAGCCAUCUCCAAAUCCCUGGAAGCAUCUGGUCGGAUAUAUGUCUAUCGGAAAAACCUGGCUGACACUUUGAACCCUUUUGCCGAAAACGAGGAGUCCCAGCAAAGGCCGUUGAGGAUCUUGGGAAUGAACACUUGGGAUCUUGCUCUGGAAUUAAUGAAUUUUGAUUGGAGUCUCUUCAAUUCGAUUCACGAGCAAGAGCUGAUCUACUUCACAUUCAGCAGACAAGGCAGUGGGGAGCACACCGCGAACCUCAGCCUCCUGCUCCAGCGCUGCAAUGAGGUCCAGCUCUGGGUGGCCACGGAGAUUCUGCUCUGCAGCCAGCUGGGCAAGCGGGUGCAGCUGGUGAAGAAGUUCAUCAAGAUCGCCGCCCACUGCAAAGCCCAGAGGAACCUGAACUCUUUCUUUGCUAUCGUGAUGGGUCUCAACACGGCUUCUGUCAGCCGCCUGUCGCAAACCUGGGAGAAAAUCCCUGGGAAAUUUAAGAAACUUUUCUCUGAACUUGAAAGCUUAACAGACCCUUCCCUGAACCACAAGGCCUACAGAGAUACCUUCAAAAAGAUGAAGCCGCCCAAGAUCCCCUUCAUGCCCUUACUGCUCAAAGAUGUGACAUUUAUUCACGAGGGAAACAAAACAUUUUUGGAUAAUCUCGUCAAUUUUGAGAAGCUGCAUAUGAUUGCAGACACCGUCCGAACCCUGAGGCACUGCAGGGCCAACCAGUUUGGAGGGGACGCGUCUCCGAAAGAGCACCACGAGCUGAAGUCCUACGUCACUCACCUGCUCGUCAUCGACAGCCAGCAGGCCCUGUUCGAGCUCUCCCAUCGGAUCGAGCCCCGGGCCUGAGCCGGCCGCGCCCCCUGAGCACCUGCAGCUCUCCCGCCCGGGAUGGCAGUGCCCGGCAUGCCCCUCUCCUGGGAGAGGAAACUGCUGAGUUUUAUCAGUCACACAGGACUCGCUCAGCCACUGCGGUGGGGGAGGGCCUCGCCCCCCUCCCCACGCCUCCCAGCUCUCACUCUCCGGGCGAGAAGGCAGAAGACUCAGAGCAUCUCGGCCCAGGGAAGUCCGGUUCCUUACACGGCUGUGCAUCCCCUCCAGUUUUUACCUUGAGAUGCACCGGCAUCAAGACCGGGGGGCCUAUCUUGGUACAGCGGCCGGAUAUGCCAGCGAGAGCGAGCGUGACUCACACAGGAGCAGCGCUGCUUCCCCGGGGAGCGGUCCCCGGGUCUAGGCUGUCCAGGAAGGGGCUUGUCUGAGCCCCAGAAGGAGACGGCAGGUCCGGCUUUCCGGGGAGGAGGCGUGGUCUCUGUUGCUACGCACUGUGACCUCACCGGAGGCCUCCUGGGUCUGCGGAGUCUGUGCCCCGAGUCCCCCCGGAAGGGAAUCGUCAGGGCAGGCCUUGCUCUGCACCCACAAUCACUCACGGGUGUCGGCUCGCCAGGGAAAUUCGUUUCUGCUCAAGUGAUUUGCAACGGUGGACACGUGAGGUUGCGUGGUGGUUUUGCCAAUAAGGAAAAGUAGGAAUCCUUAGGAGACUGGCUCCUGGGCUGAUUUCCUUGACACGUGCAAGCAGGCCCUCCUCCUAUUGGGGACAACACGGUUUUUGAAAGAGUGCAGUGCCUGACACAUCGCAGGCUCCAUAACCGUUUAUCAGGUUGACAGUCAGAGGCGCCUGACGGUGCCCUGGUGCUCCGCACGCCGCCGCGGGCUCCUUGCCCACCGCGUGCAGGGGUGGCAGCCGGUCCAGGGAGGUGAGUGGGCACUCCCUCCCUAGGGAAGAGCAAGGGAGGAAGGUGGUGCUGAUUGCCCGUCUCACAGCAAACCUCUGGUGUAUGCUGGACCCUCACAGUUCACCUAGAGUUCACCUUCCAGCCAAAUGUGUUUGUUUUCCUCCCUGAGUCUUUUAAGUGUUUUGUUUUGUUUUGUUUUAAUUUCCAUUUUUAUAGAUUAGGGCUCUCUUUUCUAGUAAAUAAGACCCUGGCUAUUCUCCAGAAUACGUUAGCGUCCCCUUGUCCUUCGUAAAAACCUGUGGGAUACAGCAAUGAAAUGCACCCAGCCAGUUUUACUAGUUAUACUCACCAUGUUGCUAAGACCCCAGGGCACACCGGCUUCCUGUGCCAGAUCCACGCACGUUCCAGCCCUGGGAGCCGGUGCCUUUGCGUCCCGCACCUUCCCACCACCUCAGCUCCUCCGUCCGGGGCUGCCUGACCCUCACAGCAGGGCUGUGUCCCGGCUCAAAGCCACAGAGAGCAUGAGUCGCUGGAAGGAGCCUGAAGGAGAAGUUAUUGGUAGAACUUUCAGAGAGAUUGCGUCUGCCCCGGCAUGUCAGCCCUGAAAAUUAGCAGGAUUUUUCCAAAAGCGCCACCAGGGCUGGCCCACGAGAGAGAUGCUUCCCACUGCUGGACUGGCAGGGGAUCCGCUGGAGGGGACCUGAGCCUGGAGCCAGGGCAGCAGGCUUCUCUGGGGCCGAUCACACGCUGCAGGGGGCAGGGGCUCGCUGCACACACAGGCCUUCCUGUCUGCUUCAUGCUGGGGAGGAGCGUUGGCCCGGUCAGACCCUCUGAGGCCGUUUGGACAUUGUCUCCAUGCUUUGCAUUUGAGUUUUUAUUCACAUAGGAUCUGCUUUGCUCCAACAAAAAACGAUUGCAGUUUCUUUAGGUAGAGAACGUUUUCAGCGAAGCACCUGUUGCUUAGAGCACAUUUCAGAUAUGGCCAUGGCCACACGAACCCACGCGUGCAUCACGCUUAACCCCGUGUUGGUGGUAUAGGCAGAGCACGCCCCGCAGCGCGGGCAGACACAGGCAGGGAGAGCGAGGUGCGGUCACGUCUCCUCCAGCCGUGGUCGGUGGCCUUCAGGGGCAGCCGAGGGAAGGGCGAGUUUUGUUCCAUUUAGAUUUGCUUUUUCAUCCCCAUCUUCCGAAUGUCCACACCUCCCAAUCCUUCUGAAACUUAGCAACUGUCUCCAGCGGUGUCCCGGGCUGCCGCUCUCAGAGAUGUCAGAAGCGGAGAGGAGACGUGAGCCUGGGACCAAAGAAUUCAAGGUGGAAUUGUGGGAGCCGGGUUUUGCUCAACAUGGAGCUCUUUCUAAAAGCCUGAGCCCCCAACAGUGAGCGACCGACGUGGGCCUCAGGGCUUCCUGUGAGGGGGGAUGGGCUGUGCUCCCUCCAAAUCCUGCCGCAGCCUCUUGUGCUGGCUAGUCAGACGGACAGACGGACUGGAAGACGUCUGUGCUGCUCUCCGGCUCUUUUAGAUUGUUAUGACCGCACAGAACCUCCAUUCGCCCCCGAAAGCUGCCAGCUGCCGCCGUCUCCAACCCUUCCGAGCGGUUCUCUCUGUCAGCAUCCCUGUGAGCCAGCCCCGCGCAGACAUCGGCACGGGCAGGCUCCCGUGGGCAAACCCGCAACCUUGCCAAAUGUCUUCUUUCUCCGUCCAGUCUUCCAGAUGCUCCAAAGAGCACAGCGUUUCAGAGUCACUCUUCAUUACAAUCUGCACAUUUGCCAAACGGUUGCCCUGAUACACAGGAUGGCCUGCAUUCGCUUUAUCCUACAUCAUCAGUUACGUUUAGAAAAGAAGUUCACUGACCCAGACCCUGUCCACAGGCACGUCAGGUGGGGAGUGCGCUGAGCUCAGCAGCAUGAGGACAAAGUAUUAUAAAAGCCCACCCCCCUCCCGGUGGGAGAAGUGGCUGCAGGAAGGAGAGGAUGCCUAGGACCUGGGCUUGCCCUGCGGGGAGCCCUCCCUCCCCCCCUCACUCCCCUCUCCCUGUUCCCGCCCGGCCGCCUUGUGGCAGCCACCACGAACACAGUCGCAGACUCAGUGUUCCCAAAUGGCACAAGUAACCCAAGCUUCUUGGAAACUAGGGGAAACCAUGGAAAUGGGUGCCGUUGGGGGUCCUGCUAUCGCCUGACAUGGAGUUUCUGGUCAAUGCUUCCAACAUGUCCUUAAGAUUUCAGCCUGCUCGUGACGAGCGGGCCACUGUGUGAACACUGGGAGGGGGGAAACGUUUUUUAAAAUUUGCCAAAAAAGCUAGAUGAACAUGCACCACUGUACAAAGCAAAGCUGUACAUACUAAACGUUUUUUAGCAGAGUACUAUUUAUUUGCAUAGCCUAUUUAUUGUAUUCGUAUCGCGCUGUUAUUAAAUGCUGGGACCGAGUCCACGAGCGGCCGCGGCCAGGGUGCCCACCUCACUUCUCAGGGACCACACCCCGUUGUUUCCCACCAUCACCGGAGCUGGUAAAUAUGAAACAUGGGUUGAGUUACCAGAAUCGCCAUUAACAGUAUUUCCCUUCUCAGACUUCAUGCUUUCUGCUUCUGUACAUAUAUGACUGUGUGCUGUGUAUUUAUCGAAGCUAGUAAGCAAUAAUUUAUAUGUAAAAAACAAAAACACAAAAAAACACAAAAACAGCCGGGCAAUAUAAGGUGAAAACUUAUACGUCACUGUUACCUUGUAUUUUCAAGUGUUUUUUUUAAAACUGCUUUUCCAAAUAUAAGACGAUGCUAAUAAUGC